AUGGAGUCGCAUCUAAGAAGCACCGUAUUCGUGGCAGAGCCAUCCGAACAAAUCUCUGUCCUUCCGUUUAGUACAUCAUCCACAGAGAUGGCUGCCGUCGCCUCCCUGCCGACUUUCUCCGGCCUUAAGGCCGCGACCGUCCAGAAGGUCGCCGUGAAGGCUGCUCCCGCUGCCGUGAAGCUUGCUCCCGUGAGCGCGUCCCUUAGGGAUGCCUCCAAGGCCCUCGUUGCCGUCGGUGCCUCCGUGCUCCUGGCCGGCAGCGCUAACGCCGCGACCAUCCUGAUGGGUGCCAGCGACGGUGCCCUCGCCUUCGUCCCCAAGGUGUCGGAAGUGAAGUCCGGCGAGGCGAUUACCUUCAAGAACAACGCUGGCUUCCCCCACAACGUCGUCUUCGAUGAGGAUGAGGUUCCCGAAGGUGUGGAUGCCGAUGCCAUCUCCCACCCCGAUCUGCUCAACGCUCCCGGGGAGACCUUUACCGUGAAGCUCACCGCUGCUGGCACCUACGAGUACUACUGCGAGCCCCACCAGGGUGCUGGCAUGGUUGGCAAGAUCGUUGUGUCGUAA